AUGCCCUCCGACUUUCCCGCAGGUUUUGCUGAGGAGACCAAUGGCCCUCCAGUGCUCAUCGCAAGCGGCAUCUUCAUUGGCCUCCAGAUCACCAUAGUCGCCCUACGCCUAGCUACGCGCCUGACACAUCGAGGGCAACUCGGUAUAGAUGAUUACCUUAUACUUCCGGCCUUAGCCUUUAGCGUUGGAAUUUGCGUUAUUGCCAUCCUCGAAGUCAUGAUUGGUGGCGUCGGUCGUCAUCUGGCUAUUAUCAAAGCUACUGAUCCCUUGGCGAUCCAGAACUGGGCAAAGUUGGCCUAUUCCAUGGAAACCACUUACUGUGCUGCUAUCGCGUUUCCAAAGCUUUCUAUCCUUGCUUCAUAUUUGCGGAUUUUCACCACGAAGCCAUUCCGUCUCGCCACUUACGGUGUAGCAGCUUUUGUAACCGCUACAGCUAUUGCAGGUAUCGUCACAUCUCUCACCAUCUGCAGCACUUUCGCGGGACGUUGGGAUACACACGUAUUUCCCGGGAAUUGUAGGAACAUCUUGGCUUAUUGGAAAGGAAUGAGUGUACCAAACAUCGUAUCUGAUGUGGUCAUGCUGGCUCUACCCAUGCCUGUGAUUUGGCGACUGCACAUUGAAAGAAGACAGAAAGUGGCGUUGAUGUUUGUAUUUCUUCUUGGCAGCUUGGGCAUGGUAGCGUCCAUCGUUCGUCUAAUAGUAGCUUUCCGCAUCACAGGUCUGCAAGAUGGCACGUAUGAUUCAGCGGUGCUCGUCAUCUGGUCGGUGGUUGAGGCGGCGUGUUACCUGAUUGCCGCUUGCCUUCCCACUCUCCGACCUCUGUUUAUAAGGAUGGCCAAGACGGCCAGAGACACUUUGAGCUAUCCUAAGCAGUCAUCUGGAACUCUCGACGAAUCUCACGUUGAUAGCCAUCAUUUGAAACCGAUUCGUGGGCGAUACGAGGCCGACAAUUUGAGUGAGCGCCAAAUGUUGGAGGACAAAGCCGAGGUCUAG